AUGACGAAGUUCGACAAAUUGCAACGGAAAACAACAGAUGAAGGACCGAUCCGCGACGGGCGACGAACAGUGGUGAACCUCUCCAGCCACACCUCGAGCGAUGCAGCCACACAAAUUAUAGCUAGAGAGAUGAACUAUGAACUCGCACCGAAACUAGUACCGAAAGAAGACAUUAUAGAAGCAGUGGAGGCUUCGGUUCGUCAUGUACCACAACCAGAGGCAGAGAAGAUCCGGCAAGAAACGGUACGAGUGUUGGCUCACGCAAAGCACCCGAUGCAAAACAUCAGUGAGGAGGAACGCCAUGCCAUCAAGGAGCUGAAGAACAACUCUCAGAUAGUGGUAACACAGGCGGACAAGGGAAAUGCCACCGUAGUGUUGGACACACUAGAUUACGACAAGUGGAUGGAGGACCUUUUGAGUAAGUGA